AAGCGGUCACGGCAUCCACACGCGGGGCAAUGGCCAAUGCAGUUUUGGACGCACAGCAGCCAGCCGGCAGCACGGGGGACCUGGAUGGCCUCUACCCAGAGCUGCUUCUCAUCCCCCCACCCCUCCCCACGCGGGGGCUCCUGGAGCCCAUUGAAAGCGUCUCUCCUCCGGAGAACCCUGCGCCUGUGACAGCUGACCCAGGCUGCCUGCUGGUGGAGGCCACGGCCGCAGAUGAGGACCCUGGGAACAUGGAGAUCAUCGUGGAAGCGGUUGCCGGAAAUCUGUCCCCAGGUGCCCCCGGAGAGACCCCAGGUGUGCUGGUGAAGGUGGUGGAGGUGUACUUCUGCGAGCACUGUGAGCGGAGCUUCGCGGAACCGGCCCUGCUGGCCCUGCACCAGUGCCCCGAGUCCCUCCCGCGGCCCGGCCCGAGCCCCGCGGAGCCCAGCCCCACGCAGAGCCAGAACCCCGCCGCUGCGGCUGACGGCCCCCUGCCCUGCCCUGUGUGCGGCCAGGAGUUCACCCAGCCCCAGGCCCUGAAGAGCCACUUCAAGGCUCACCGCAGCGCCCCCGACACCUUCCCCUGCCCGGAGUCGGGCUGCGCCUUCUCGGCGGCAGCGCGCCGGGCACUGCAACAGCACCUGAGACAGGCGCACGGCGCCGUGCCCGUGCCCUGCGCCUUCCGGGGCUGCCCGCUGCUCUUCGCCAGCCAGCAGGGCAUGGAGCGCCACCGGCAGGCCCACUACCCUUUCCACUGCCGGCUCUGCAGCUUCGCGGGCUCCAACAUCAAGCUCUUCCGGCAGCACCAGCGGAGCCACGUGGUUGCGCCGCCCCGAGCACCUGCCGGGCCAGGAGGGGUCACACCUUCACCUCCAGAGGACGCGGGCCUGCCCCUUCCGGGACCAGAGACCUCCACGGAGGACGAUGCAGAGAAAGAGGAGGAGACCAGCCCCGAGAAGGAUACCCCGCCAGCCCCGGAGGGUGGGCAGGAGGCUCAGCCCGCGGAAGGGGGCGCGGCCCCGGGACCCGAGCCGCUCUUCAAGACCCACAUGUGCCCCGAGUGCAAGCGCUGCUUUAAGAAGCGGACGCACCUGGCCGAGCACCUGCACCUGCACUUCCCGGACCCCAGCCUGCAGUGCCCCAACUGCCAGAAGUUCUUCACCAGCAAGAGCAAGCUGCGCACGCACCUGCUGCGCGAGCGGGGCCAGAAGGCGCACGGCUGCCCGCUGUGCCACUACCGCGCCGUGGAGCGCAACGCCCUGCACCGCCACAUGGCCAGCAUGCACGAGGGCAGCAGCAACCUCUACUCGGACACCUACGCCUGCCCCGUGUGCCGCGCCGAGUUCCGCCUCAGCCAGGCGCUCAAGGAGCACCUCAAGGGCCACGCGGCCGCCGCCGCCGCCGCGCCCCCGGCCCUGGGCUGCCUGCAGGCCGGUUGCCGCUACGCCGCGCCCGACCGCAAGGCCCUGGUGCGGCACCUGCGCGAGGCGCACGGCGCGCGGGCCGUGGAGUGCCGCCACCACGCCUGCCCGCUGCUCUUCGCCACGGCCGAGGCCAUGGAGGCCCACCACCGCAGCCACUACGCCUUCCACUGCCCGCACUGCGACUUCGCCUGCUCCAACAAGCACCUGUUCCGCAAGCACAAGAAGCAGGGCCACGCGGGCAGCCAGGAGCUGCGCUGCCCCUUCUGCUCCUUCGCCACCUUCAACCCCGUGGCCUACCAGGACCACGUGGGCAAGAUGCACGCGCACGAGAAGAUCCACCAGUGCUCCGAGUGCAACUUUGCCACGGCGCACAAGAGGGUGCUCAUCCGCCACAUGCUGCUGCACACGGGCGAGAAACCUCACAAGUGUGAGCUGUGCGACUUCACGUGCCGGGACGUGAGCUACCUGCCCAAGCACAUGCUGACGCACUCGGAUACCAAGGACUACAUGUGCACGGAGUGCGGCUACGUCACCAAGUGGAAGCACUACCUCAGCGUGCACAUGCGCAAGCACGCCGGUGACCUCAGGUACCAGUGCAACCAGUGCCCCUACCGCUGCCACCGGGCCGAUCAGCUGAGCAGCCACAAGCUGCGGCACCAGGGCAAGUCGCUGAUGUGCGAGGUGUGCGCCUUCGCGUGCAAGCGCAAGUACGAGCUGCAGAAGCACAUGGCUUCCCAGCACCACCCGGGCGCGCCCGCGCCGCUCUACCCGUGCCGCUACUGCAGCUACCAGAGCCGGCACAAGCAGGCGCUGCUGAGCCACGAGAACUGCAAGCACACGCGGCUGCGCGAGUUCCGCUGCGCGCUCUGCGACUACCGCAGCUUCAGCAGCACCACGCUCUUCCUGCACAAGCGCAAGGCGCACGGCUACGUGCCAGGCGACCAGGUCUGGCAGCUCCGCUGUGCCGGCCCGGAGGCAGAGAACGCCGCCAGACCUUGCCCCAGCCCGCCCCAGGACUCGGAGCCCUCCCACCCACCGGGCACCCCGCCUGAGGGGCCCGCUGGCGACCCGGGGACCCAGGAAACCCCCAGCCUGGAGCCCGCCCUGCCGGAGAUCGGCGAGGACAGUGCGGGCCAGAGCAAGGAGCCCGAGGCCCAGGGCAGCCCCUGCCCGGCGGCUGAGGUCGAGGAGGGGGGCUGCACGCUCCACCUGGAGGCGCUGGACGUGGAGCUGGAAGCCGUGGCCGAGCCCCAGUUGGAGGCACUUGCAGAAACGGACCCCAUGGAGCUGGGGCCGCUGGAAGGGCCUGGGGGCCCCUCGGAAAGCGCCACUCCGCCUCCGCCACCUCCACCGCUACCCCCGGACCUGGGGCCGGAGCAGGCACCCCCGGGGACCCAGCCAGCCCCCGAUAGUCCCAAGCACGCACCUGCCUCGGAGGAGCCCCCUAACCCUUGGGUGGGAGCCUUGGAGGCGGCGCCCCCGGCCGAGACGUGUUCCCUAGCCCAGCCCCCUGAGGCGGAGUCCCUGCUCCGGGCACUGCGGCGGCGGGACAAGGAGCAGGCCGAGGCGCUGGUGCUGGAGGGUCGCGUGCAGAUGGUGGUGGUCCAGGACGAGGCCCCGGCCUUCCGCUGCCCGCACUGUCCCUUCGUGGCCCGCCGGGAGAAAGCCCUGAGCCUGCACGCCCGGGCCGCGUGCCCGGGCCGCCGCGCGCCCCUCCUGUGCCCGGAGUGUGGCGCCAGCUUCAAGCAGCAGCGCGGCCUCAGCACCCACCUGCUGAAGAAGUGCCCCGUGGGGCUGGGCAAGAGCAAGGGGUCGGCUCCGGACGCCGCGGGCGGGGGGACUCCCCCUCCCACACCCGUACCCACGGAAGGCGAGCCAGGUGCCCACCGAGAUCCCCCCUCGGCCCUUCCGGAACCCGAGGAACCGGCGGCGCCUCUCGCCCCGCCCCCGGACCCUGCAGCGGGGCCCGCCUCCUCGCCCGCGGAGACCCCCGAGAAGUUCCACUUCGAGCAGGGCAAGUUUCGCUGCGCCGCCUGCCCCUUCCUCUGCUCCCGGCUCUCCUCCAUCACCUCGCACGUGGCCGAGGGCUGCCGCGGGGUGGGGCGCGCCAAGCGGGGGGCCUCCCACCCGCCGCCGGCCGGCUCCCCCAGGGACCCCGAGGGCCAGUCCGCAGACGGGCCGCCCAAGCCGAAGGGGGCGCGUUUCUCCUGCCCCACCUGCCCCUUCAGCUGCCAACAGGAGCGGGCCCUGAGGACGCACCAGGCGCGGGGCUGUCCCCUGCAGGUGGCGGCGGCGGCAGCGGGCGAGCCUCUCCGCUGCGACCUGUGCCCCUUCACCGCACCCGGGGCCGCCGCCCUGCGGCUCCACCAGCGGCGGAGGCACCCAGCGGCCGCCGCCGCGCCCCCGGCCCGCGGCCCCCGCCCCCCGCUGCAGUGCCCCGACUGCGGCUUCACCUGCAAGCAGAGCCGCUGCCUGCAGCAGCACCGGCGCCUCAAGCACGAGGGUGUGAAGCCGCACCAGUGCCCCUUCUGCGACUUCUCCACCACGCGCCGCUACCGCCUGGAGGCGCACCAGUCGCGGCACACGGGCGUGGGCCGCAUCCCCUGCAGCUCCUGCCCGCAGACCUUCGGCACCAACUCCAAGCUGCGCCUGCACCGCCUGCGCGUGCACGACAAGACCCCGACCCACUUCUGCCCGCUGUGCGACUACAGCGGCUACCUGCGCCACGACAUCACGCGCCACGUCAACAGCUGCCACCGCGGCACGCCGGCCUUCGCCUGCCCCCAGUGCGAGGCGCAGUUCAGCUCGGAGACGGCGCUCAAGCAGCACGCACUGCGCCGGCACCCCGAGCCCCCCGCGGACGCCGCCGCCGACGCCACCGAUGCCAACGCCAACAACGCUGCCACCGCCGGGGCGCACGAGGGCCCGCUGCACUGCGCGCGCUGCGGGGUGCAGUGCCCCAGCCCCGCCAGCCUGCGGGGCCACACCCGCAAGCAGCACCUGCGGCGCCUCGAGUGCGCCGCCUGUCAGGCAGCCUUCCCCAGCCGGCCCGCGCUGGAGGCGCACCGACGGCAGCAGCACUUCAGCCACCGCUGCGGCAUCUGCGACUUCGCGGCCCGCGAGCGUGGGGGCCUGGUAAAGCAUUACCUGGAGCGGCACGAGGGGGACGACGACGGGAACGGGGAGCCGCCGUCCCGGCGCUGCCCCUUCUGUGACUUCGCCUGCCGCCACCAGCUGGUGCUCGACCACCACGUGAAGGGCCACGGCGGCACCCGGCUCUAUAAGUGCACCGACUGUGCCUACAGCACCAAGAACCGCCAGAAGAUCACCUGGCACAGCCGCAUCCACACCGGCGAGAAGCCCUACCGCUGCCACCUCUGCCCCUACGCCUGUGCCGACCCCUCGCGCCUCAAGUACCACAUGAGAAUCCACAAGGAAGAGCGGAAGUAUCUGUGUCCGGACUGCGGGUACAAGUGCAAGUGGGUCAACCAGCUUAAGUACCACAUGACCAAGCACACGGGACUGAAGCCGUACCGGUGUCCCGAGUGCGAGUACUGCACCAACCGCGCCGACGCGCUGCGCGUGCACCAGGAGACGCGGCACCGGGACGCGCGCGCCUUCAUGUGCGAGCAGUGCGGCAAGGCCUUCAAGACGCGCUUCCUGCUGCGCACACACCUGCGCAAGCACAGCGAGGCGCGGCCCUACGUGUGCAACGUGUGCCGCCGCGCCUUCCGCUGGGCCGCCGGCCUGCGCCACCACGCCCUCACCCACACCGACCGCCACCCCUUCUUCUGCCGCCUCUGCAGCUACAAGGCCAAGCAGAAGUUCCAGGUGGUCAAGCAUGUGCGCCGCCACCACCCCGACCAGGCCGACCCGAGCCAGGGCGUGGGGAAGGACCCCAGCACCCCUACGGUGCACCUCCACGACGUGCAGCUGGAGGAACCCGGCCCUCGCGCCCCGGACGCUCCGCCGACCGGCCCCGAGGGUUGACUGUUUGCAAC